AUGGUCGCCUCCUUUGUCAUCGUCGGCCUUCCUCAUAUAUUUCCCUGUCCUGCUCCGCGCCGAACACUAGCCGAUUCGCAAGUCGAGAUGACGGCCGAUGGCCAACAGAUUAUAAGACCGCGAAGGAGGAGGAAAACACCUGAAAGCCCCCAACAAGACGAAUUACUACAACAUACCAAAGAAGUUGCCGCAACGAAAGCGGUACCGCCACAAUUUGCAGAGUCAUCGGCCGACGAAGUAGCGACGUUCCUCCAGAUGGAGGCUGAAGCAGAGUCACUUGCUCGAAUUGGGCGAGAGUGUCCGGUCCCAAAACCGCGAGGCAUUGUUGGCCAGCUGCUUGGGUUCUCGCAUAAUAAUAAUGAUGAUGAUGAUGAUACGACGGACAAUCGGCAACAAUAA